AUGACUGCCAACCACGCUUUCCAGACCCUCUUCGCCGUGCCGCUGUCCUGCGACGGCUGUGUCAAGUCGGUUUCGGACGCGCUCUACAGCCUGGGAGGCAUCACCAAGGUCGAGGCCAACCUCCAGGACCAGCUAAUCGCCGUCGAGGGCUCCGCCGCCCCGUCGAAGAUUGUCGAGGCCAUCCAAGAUACAGGAAGAGAUGCCAUCCUGCGUGGAUCAGGAUCCUCAAACAGCGCCGCGGUGAGCAUCCUGGAGAGCUUUGCCGAGCCGGCCCGGCUGCAGCAGGGCAACGACGAGGACCCUAGUCGCGAGGUCCGCGGCCUCGCGCGCAUGGUGGAAGUCGGCUCGGGUAGGACGCUGGUUGACCUGACGGUUCGCGGCGUCUCGCCGGGCACCUACCGCGCCACUAUCCGCCAGUACGGCGACCUCAAGGACGGCGCCGCGUCGACGGGCCCCAUCUGGACGCAGCAGCAGCCGACAGAGGCGGGGGCGUGCGGCCUCCUCGGCGUCGUCGAGGUCGGCGCCGACGGCCGCGGCGCAGUCUUCACGGACCACGCCUUUGCCAUCUGGGAGGUCAUUGGCCACGCCAUGGUCCUCACCAAGCAAGACGAGGGACGACCGCUCCAGAACGACGCGGAUACCGUCGUCGGCGUCAUCGCCCGGAGCUCGGGCAUGUGGGACAACGACAAGACGGUGUGCUCCUGCACGGGCAAGACGCUGUGGGAGGAGCGCAAGGAUGAGCGGGCAAAGGGCAUGCUGUAG